AUGCAGACUCUACAGACACCGGCCAUUCGUGGCGUGAGGACACAGGAGCCAGGUACACCUAUGGACGGUCGAAUAUCUGUCUACAAUAUUGACUUCCUUCGCCACCGAGCACGCUGGAUCCGCGAUGACCUGGAUCCGCGGGUCGCUCGCGAAGGUGGUGACGCUCUCCAUGCCGACGAGAUACUCAAGUUAGACGAGUUCCUCCGCCGUCUUCGCAACUCAAACAACAGCAUCGACGACAUCCGAGUGAGCCGUAUCCACCUUGCAAUACUCAGUAUUGCUGGCCAUGGCACAAGAUGGCCCAUCCGGCUGAUCGACAGAUGUGAUGAGCUGAGAGCUGUAUGGGAGGUCAAGUAUGGGCCUCUAAAGAAAUUGGGCAUUCUACUAUAUGAGCAAGGUGGCCGCCUAUACGACAUCUGCACACCUGAGGAUGCGAGCAAAGAAAUACUUGUGGCCAAAUGGCUGAAGACGCCUGAAGGCACCAAGCUCAGUCCUGUACGGUCAUUACGACACGGUGAUCUUGGCUUCAAGCCUGGCGACUGGUGGAUUAACCCUCUGUUUGCAUUCCGCGAAGGCAUCAUAAAUCAUAGUGAAGCGAAGGGCGGAACCAUUUCAGACUCGAUUGGCGCUUACGCCGUCGUUUUGGCUGGCAGUCAAGAAAAGUCGUGCUCCAACGCAAACUCAUUCGUCUACCGGCCGAGCAACAAUGACAAAGGACGAUAUAGACUGGCCUCGGGUGCCCCUGAAUCACGCCAACCAGUGAGAAUACUUCGCAGCCACAACCUGCAGAGCUUUCUAGCACCCAAAGCUGGAUUGAGAUAUGAUGGACUGCACAAAGUCUCGGGCUGGUCCAUCAAACGUGAUGCAAAGACCAAAGCAAUGGUUUACGACAUCCACUUCGUGCGCUUGCCAGACCAGCAGCCAAUGGAGGAAGUAUUAUGUCGACCGUGGACCGAAGAGAUCGAGGACUACAAGGAAUACAAGCGUCUGCGAUUCCUCGUGAGGGACAAGAAAGCCGAGGCAGUAAGAUCAGUUGCUGGUGCUCUGUCGACGCUGGCUGGAUCAGCAGAUGGUGCAUGCGACGUGGACGACGUACACACUGAAGCGUCGAGUUCGGGCGAUCUGACCGGAGAUAGCCUGGCCGCUUUUGAAGUGACACGAGCCAGAGAUCGCCGGCCACGACGGGUGUCGAGCUUCGACACCAGGCGUAAGAAUUCCGACGACGACUGCGUAAGGUCUGACUCGAUGUUCGACUGA